AUUACAAAUUGGCACAGACAUGAAAUCCUCCCAUAUUCACCCAGCAGUAUAAAUGCUGGUGAGGAACAAUUUUCUGCACUCUUCGGGCUAAAAGAGGGGUUCGCUGUUACCAAGUGCUGCAACUGAAACUGGGAAAAAGAGAUGGCACCUGGAAAAAAGGGGAUCCUUGAGCGUCUGAAUGCUGGGGAGGUGGUGAUCGGCGAUGGAGGCUUUGUGUUUGCCCUGGAGAAGAGGGGUUAUGUAAAGGCCGGGCCAUGGACUCCAGAGUCUGCGGUCACACACCCUGAGGCUGUGCGUCAGCUGCACAGAGAGUUCCUGAGAGCAGGUGCUAACGUCAUGCAGACCUUCACGUUCUACGCCAGUGAUGACAAACUGGAGAACAGGGGUCAGAACCUGAAACUCAGUGGGGUUCAAAUCAACGAGGCGGCCUGUGACCUGGCAAGAGAAGUAGCAAACGAAGGGGAGGCUCUGGUAGCAGGUGGAGUGUGUCAGACUCCAUCCUACCUGAGCUGCAAGAGCGAGACGGAGGUGAAGGCCAUCUUUAAGAAGCAGCUGGAUGUUUUCAUGAAGAAGAAUGUGGACUUCCUGAUCGCUGAGUACUUUGAGCAUGUGGAGGAGGCGGAGUGGGCCGUAAAGGUGAUGAAGACCAGCGGAAAGCCAGUGGCUGCUUGCAUGUGCAUCGGACCAGACGGAGACAUGCACGGUAUCUCACCUGGAGAGUGCGCUGUCCGGCUGGUGAAGGCUGGUGCCCAGAUCGUGGGAGUCAACUGCCACUUCGACCCCAUGACCUGCGUGAAAGCUGUCAAGAUGAUGAAGGAGGGAGUGGAGAAGGCCGGGUUGAAGGCUCACUACAUGGUGCAGCCAUUGGCUUUCCACACACCUGACUGCAGCUGUCAGGGAUUCAUCGAUCUGCCAGAAUUCCCUUUUGCCCUGGAGCCCAGGAUCCUGACCCGCUGGGACAUGCACAAGUACGCCAGGGAGGCGUACAAGUGUGGCAUACGCUUCAUUGGGGGAUGCUGUGGAUUUGAGCCUUAUCACAUCAGGGCUGUGGCAGAGGAGCUGGCACCAGAGAGAGGGAUAAUGCCCCCUGCAUCCGAAAAACAUGGCAUGUGGGGUGCUGGUCUGGAGAUGCACACAAAGCCCUGGGUCAGAGCCAGGUCCCGUCGUGAGUAUUGGGAGAAUCUCUCGCCUGCAUCCGGACGUCCCAAAUGCCCCUCCCUGUCCACACCAGAGGGCUGGGGUGUAACCAAGGGCCACUCUGAUCUCAUGCAGCACAAAGAGGCCACCAGCUCCCAGGAAAUGAAGCACGUGCUCGAGAUGCAGAAGAAGGCCAAGCCCAGUGCGUGAGUGAGUCGGAGCAAGAAAAGCUAAGGCACCCAUCCCUUCAGUCGGCCAACUAAAGAAGGGAUCCGGGGGAAGACUUUCCCAGUUCAGUUUGGAGAUUUAAAGCACUUGUAACAGCGAUGCUCCGGUGGUGGAGUAUUACUAUGUAAACCCCAAAAACAAUAAACCUCAGUUUGUUACUGAA